AUGCCCUCCUCCUCGCCCAACCAACCCGCCUCAACCUCCCCAUCUUCAUCCGACCUCGAAUCCGACCUCCUACAACACCUAACCAGCACUCCGGCGCUCGAAGACCUGCACGCCACGCUCCUCAGCUCCCUCCAGCGCCUCGGGUGGACAGAACGCAUCCGCAAACUGGCCCAAGAACUCCUCCGCGGCGGGCGAUGCGAGCGGUUCGACGAGGUGUUCGAGGCGGUAGUAGCGUCCGCGGAGGGGAGGAAGCAUCCGGUCUUAGUGGAGGCCAAUAAAGCGAAACAAAGCAAUGGGAAUAGUGGCGAAGAGGACGGCAGCGGCAUUGGGGAUCUGGAAUCGUUUGAUGUGAGGAUUCCGUCGUCGGUGGUGGAGCAGGGGGUUAGGGCGUUGAAGGAGGUGUUAAGAGAGGUGGUGGUGGCGGAGGAUGGGGGGGAUAUCCUGGGGGAUCUUGAGAAUGGGCAUAAGGAGGAGGGUGGGAGUGGUGGGGGAGGGAAAGGGUCGAAGAAUAGUAAGGAUGGAGGAGGGGAUACGGCGAGUCCGAUGAAGAAGGUGAAGAAGGAGUCGAAGACGGGGAGUAAGCUCAAAUAA